GAGAAGGAUGGCAAGAACUCGUUCCCUCGUAUUCGUCAUCCUCAGCAGCUUCCUCUCUGUCGUCGCCGGUCAACUCCGGCCAGCGGCCGGUGGUCUCCCAGGUGAUCUCUUCGGCCUGGGCAUCGCCUCGAGGAUCCGCAUUGACCGCAACUCCACGGCGAAGGCGUCGACGGACUUUGGCCGCAUGGUCGAGGCCGCGCCGGAGGCCGUCCUCCACCCGGCCACGCCUACUGACAUCGCCUUGCUCAUCCGGUCCUCCGCCUCCUCGCCAGCGCCGUUCCCCGUGGCGCCGCGCGGGCAGGGCCACUCCUGGCGCGGCCAGGCGCUCGCCCCGGGCGGCGUCGUCGUCGACAUGCGCGCGCUGGGGCGCGGUCACCGCGCACGCAUCAACGUGUCCGCCGCCGGCGCGGAGCCGUACGUCGACGCCGGCGGCGAGCAGCUGUGGAUCGACGUCCUCCGCGCGACGCUGAAGCACGGCCUCGCGCCGCGCGCGUGGACGGACUACCUACGCCUCACCGUCGGCGGGACGCUCUCCAACGCCGGCAUCGGCGGGAUGGCGUUCCGGCAUGGCCCGCAGAUCGCCAACGUGCACGAAGUCGACGUUGUCACAGGAACGGGUGAGAUGGCGACAUGCUCCCGGGCCAAGAACUCGGACCUCUUCUUCGCGGCUCUGGGCGGGCUUGGUCAGUUCGGGGUCAUAACCCGGGCUCGGAUCCAGCUCGAGCGGGCACCAAAGCGGGUGCGUUGGGUCCGACUCGGCUACUCGGACGUGGCCACGUUCACCAAGGACCAGGAGCUUCUCAUAUCAGACCAGGCUAGCGAAGCCGGGCUCGACUACGUCGAAGGGCAAGUCCAGCUCAACCGGACCUUGGUCGAAGGUCCCAAGUCAACGCCAUUCUUCUCCGGCACCGAUCUCAGUAGGCUCGCCGGGCUCGCUUCGCGUAGCGGGUCCGGCACAAUCUACUACAUCGAAGGCGCCAUGUACUACAAUGAGGAUGCCGCGACAUCUGUGGAUCAGAGAAUGGAGGCAUUGUUGGAGCAACUAAGCUUCGAGCCGGGGUUUGUGUUCACCAAGGACGUGACGUACGUACAGUUCCUUGACCGUGUGCGGCAGGAGGAGAGGGUGCUCCGGUCAGCCGGCGCGUGGGAAGUGCCACACCCAUGGCUGAACCUCUUCAUCCCCCGGUCUCGCAUCCUCGACUUCGACGCCGGUGUGUUCAAGGGCCUCCUCAGGGGCGCCAGCCCCGCCGGCGUAAUCCUCAUGUACCCCAUGAACAAGGACAGGUGGGACAGCCGGAUGACGGCGGUGACCCCAGCCGCCGACGAGGGCGUGUUCUACGCCGUGGGGUUGCUCCGGUCGGCGUUGUCCGCAGACGAUGUGCAGCAGCUAGAGAGGGAGAACGAGUCGGUGCUGGCCUUCUGUGACGAGGCAGGCAUCGAAUGCAAGCAGUACCUAGCACACUACGCAUCUCAAGACGGGUGGCAACAACAUUUUGGGGCCAAGUGGGGCAGAAUUGCCGAGCUGAAGGCCAAGUAUGAUCCUCACGCGAUAUUAUCGCCGGGCCAGAGGAUUUUCCCAUCACCAGCAACCAGCAGUUGGCCUCUUCCGCAAUCCUGGAGCAAAGGGAGAUGAUUCUCGCAUGUAGAAUGCAUAGGAUAUACAGGUGUUUCAUAGCUAAGCUAGGGGUCCAUUUGCACAUAAUUUUUUGAGCUGCUAGGAGGUA